AUGAAGAAAAUUGAUAUCUAUAAUUCAUAUUUGAGACUAACAAAUAGAAUUUUUGAGAAUUCAACUCCAAUAAGAAAUCUUGAUUAAGUAUAAAUUUUAAAUGUAUACAAACAGCAAUAAAGCCAUCAUCCAAAUAUACUUAAUAGUUUGAGAAAUAAGAAUAGUUAAUCUUAUAAAACUCUAUGUUCACCUUCAAAGAUAUUUUCUCAUACUGAUACUCCAGAUAUAAUUCAGAAUAUUAAAAUAAGUAGAAACUAGUGAAAGAAAAAGAUAAAUAGAAUCAAACUCUUAAAGAACUAUUAAUCCAAGUGUUGAAAAGAUUAAUUUAACUUAACAAUCUAGAAUAUCAUAAAAUAUACACUACAAUAUCAAUUAAGAGAGUAUCUACUAAGAACCAAAACGUUAAGUAAAGUAACGAAUUAUUAUAAUAAUGAGAGCUUGUACUUAAAAAUCAUAAGAUUUCAAUUCUAAAAUUAAUUUAUUUACUAACUAAGUAAAAAUAUGUUAAAUUUUAAGAUAUAAGUAAUUGAUGGUAAUGUAGAAUAUGGAAAGUCUGAAACACAUAAAAUUCAUAAUCUAUUAAGACUUUGAUUGA